AAUUAUAGGGUAGUAAGUAUAGGUGUAUAUGUUUGUGUAUUUAUUCUUUAUUUUGUAUUUUUGCAAAAUGAUGCAACUGUAUGUUUAACUCUAGCAAGCGGCAAUAAUUUCUAAAAUGUAAGGGAUUUAACAUGCAUCCAUGUUUUUUUUAGUGUUUUGUAGACUAUCAUCAAAACUGAGAGUUUACCACGGGUAGUUUCACUGAGGCUGUCGUCACGUCAUUAACCCCGGCUAUUUUCCCUUUAAAUAACUUGGAAAUUUCCUCUCCCUCCCUCCGUUUACUCCAGAGCAGCUCUCGGCUGGAUCUCGAUCAGAGACCAGCCUCGUCUCGAUGGCCCCACACAGCACAGGCGUUCGGCUCUGACAUUCCGGUCCCACUCUGCCAAGAGUACCGUGUGAGAGAGCAAGAGGCCGAUGACGGACCAGGUCACGUCAAGUGUGGGGGAACCCCCUCCCCAGUACAUGAUCUUCCUCCUGGUCUUCUUCUUCUUCCUCACUGGGCUCCUUGGCUUCCUCAUCUGCCACAUGCUGAAGAAGAAGGGUUACCGCUGCCGCACGGGCGAACCCGAAGACGAGGAGGAGGGACAGGACAAGGUGGCUGCCAACAACGAUGAUGGAUCCGAGGAAAACCAGGACACAGUGGAACAAAUCCUGAAGUGCAUCAUUGAGAAUGAAGCAAAUAUGGAAGCAUUUAAGGAGAUGCUGGGGGCCCAGAAUGUUUGCGAGCACGUCGAUGCCAGGUUGAUGCGCAAGGACAGCAUGGGGGGCGUCCCGCCUCAUCACCACACUGUUCAUUCCGGCACGGACCGCAACUCCUGCCAUCUGUGCGCUCAGGGCCAGUCCAAGAAAGCUCGGCGCCGGAGCCGGGUGGCACGGUUCAAGGCACGGUCGGGGGAGCAAACGGUCUUCUCAGUGGGCAGGUUUCGAGUGACUCACAUUGAGAAGAAGAACAGCAUUCCAGGGACCCCCAUCUUCCCCAUCCCUGAGUCCAGCGAGAACACAGAGCAACAAAACACAGAGAAAGGGCCCCCAGGCAAACGUCUGGAUGUGUAUGACCUACAGAAAAUGUUCAAGGGGGUCAACCCAGAGGCGACUAAUGGUACACUUCCCCCAAAGGGCUCCCCCCUGAAUCCAAAGAGGAGCACCAGCGAUCCGGCCACAGUCAAAACAAGUCAGGAGGGAACGGAGCACAAAGCGGAGACUGCCGCCAAUCAGGGAGAUGACACAGAUGUGCCUACGGACCCUGAGAUGAUCUCCGACAAGGGUUCACCCUGCGUAGUGGAGUCAGACAGCGGAGCAGCCGACGCAGAGGACAUGGGGAUCCCCAGGUUGGGCCCAGUUAGGACACGGGAAUUCUGUGUGGUGCGGACAGGGGAUCCCCCAGACGAGGCAGCACAGGGCGAAGAUGGCAGGGAUGACAUGGUAGAGAUGGAGGACAUCAAGGACUGUCGGGUGAGCCAGGGUGAGGAGAGUGCAAGCUCCACCCGUGAGCAGAAAAGGAGGUCCGUGCACACGCAGCUGAAAUGGUGAGGUGGUGCCGUACCACUGUGGGGAAUCGGCAACCUCCAGCGGGUCAGUGUCUGCUCCUUACAUAGCUUUGGCAGAGAUAUUUCCCACAGCCGGACUAUCUGAGAAGCACCGGCAUGUGGACAUAUUAACGGUACACAAAGCCACAGUCAUAACUAAACCUCAGCUAUCAGCCACUAACGCCAGUUUGCGGCACUGACCUGUUCGCUCCGUUCCUCAGGAAGCAGGUUUAUAGUAAAAACAAUAGUAGAGCCAGAAACUCCCCAAGGCUGCAUGACUGCAUCCAGACCAGGAGAUGAUUAUCUAAAUGUAACGUGUACAGAUGUCACUCCUCGGUUUCACAUUGACAAAUUCCCUGGUGCAAUGAUUAAUCUCUUUGGUUCUGACUGGGCCUUGACCACUAGUUACUGAGAGUUCCUUGCACAUCUGCAUUAGUCGUCACUCCAGGUGUCCCUCGUGAAGAAAAUAACCCAGUUACCUCUUUACCUGUGCCCAAUAGCCCCCGCGAGCCUCCCCACCACUUCAGACAUCAUAAGACAUCUCCCCUUCCCACUGGACCAAAAUGGGGCACAUCUAGAGACCCCCCCCCCCACAAGGUGAGAUGGGGACUUAAUUUACAACAGAUAUCUGGAGUUUUGCAGCUAAGGUAGAUGAGACCCCACCCGGUGAGAAGCGGAUCUGCCGCUUCGGCGCCAUCGUCCUGCCACCCCGCGCUUUGCCAGCCCUGCAGUACUCUUACUCGUCCGCCAUUUCUGCAAAAAAGACUGCUGAAAAAAAUGAAUGUAUAGUAGUGUGGAAGCAGAAGCCAGAAUUCCAUGUGGUUUGGGUAAGCUUCAUUAUGUGUGAACCUCGCUAUCUCCCAGCAACAUGACGAAUACGCGAUAACGGGUCCUACACGUGCUAACUGCCAUGUAAAGUAUUAUAGUCACCACCCAAAUGAUUUCCUUCUCUGCAUUGUAAAGCCUAUAUGUCUGUAGCUUAAGUAAGAAUCAGGCUUUGCCAUGUCAAGUGGUAUGUCACAUGACAUGACACAUUCUGCACUUUGACCUUUCCUGUAUUUCACACAAGAGGCCUCAUGCCCACAUGUCCUGGACACCACAAUUGUAGGCUCCAGGAGGGUUCUGGAACAUUCUUCCCCUGCCCCAUGUAAACUCUGUCCCUUGGCUUCCUUGGCAAAAACAGCUGCUGUAAGCUCACGUCAUACCAAAUCUAAGGAUACAACUUUGGUUGUUUUCUUUGCACAGAAAACUUUUUAGAGAGAAUUUAUGUGAUGAAAAUUAAACUACCAUUAACUGUACCUAUUAAUUUAUAUUAUAGCUACACCGAGGAGGUUCAGGAAUAUAUUUAUAUCCAAGAGGAAGUAUAUAGAAACAUAACUUUGUAAAAAUAUGAUGCAGAUUACUCCCUAUUCAGCACCAUCUCAUGUAAUUAAAGCGAUAUCUUCCAUAUGAGCAUCAUGAAUUGAUCUAAGAGUUUUAUCUUUAGGAACUUUUUAGGAUCAGUGUCUUGCAUGUGUUGUCCAGAAACGUCUCACCAGCAAUGACACACUACCAUACAUGUCUGGGUAAGGUUAUGCUGCAAAGCACACCCACAAUUUGAGAAGGAAACGGGACACGGUACAUGCAGACAGUGCAACUGGGUCCCCAUUCUGGUUGGGUCCGUGGGUUCAGGGUUCCCAAAAAACCACGCCUUGAGCCAUAAACCAUGGUACACGAGCCAAAGCUGUUUAGCAUGAGAGCACCAUAUAGCUUCCUGUGUUUGUGUGGUAACCAUAGCAACUGCAUUGCACAUGUGACAUUGGCAGACUCCAUGUGGAAUAUCUGUAGGAAGACCAAGACUACAAAUUACACCUCACUAUUAAACACACAUCUACUAUAUGUUUAUUAUAUAUACAGACACACCUACCUAUAAAGUGUUACGUAUCCUCAAACCUGGAAAUACAGCUGGACAAAAAUUGUCUGGAAAUUUUGAAGAAUAAAAAUUAAAGCUCUGCAUUUUUA